AUGUCAAAAAUACUUUCGUACACACCAUUGGCUGCCAGUGACCGCUCAACAGCCGCAAAAGUGGCCGCAAUUAGCGAUAUCAAUGACUGGCCAACGCUGGGAGAGGUGCACAAACACGAGGUGACACACCAGCAGCACCUGAACACCAGCCCCACCACCAAUGGUGACCACCAGAUGCCUCUCCCGGCGGGGCCCACCUCUGCCGCCGCCUCCCCCGCCAUCGCUCAGCCGCCGCUACCGACUACUCCCGUUAAGAGCGCGUGGGCGACGAUAGCGCCGCCGCCAUCACUACCGCCACCCAUAUUGACCGCCAACCGGUCAUCAGUGCCUUCAUCUGCCACCAGUUCCUCAUCACUAUUGCCAGCGAAGACACCGACGACACCAACGGAUGCGGCGAUUGUCGAUAGCGACAGCUUUGUGUCCGGCGACGAGUCCCUAUCGGUUCGCACGACACCGCUGUCCACCCAAUCCAUGCCACUGUUAAGGCCCGCCGGCGGCCCGAAGGCUAACCACCGGACAGACCGCAACUCUUCCUCUCAAGAGGACGAUGAAUGUGUUGUCAAUGAGAACAGUGUUGACGUUGGCGUCGAUGGCAAGCGUACGCCACCUAAAGGGUCUGUCCAUAGGGGCGGUGACUCCCGGAGCGCCGCCACCACUCCUAAGUCGGCCAAAAAGAAAGGACCGAAAAAGUGGGUACCAUUAGAGCUACCGCUACCCCCACCGCCAGCCAAACCUCAUCGCACGAAGAGUUUGGCCGAAGAUCGCGAGAGAGGAGGCCGUGGAGGCAACGGUUCCGGCGGCGGUGCCCUACGGGAGCGACAACCGGAACGGGAGCCCCAAUCGGCGCCACCGCACGGGCCGUCCGGCGAUCGAAGGCCGCCCGUCCGCGACAGACACCGCGAAGACCGCUACCAUAACUCGUCCGGCGGUGAGAACUACUACUCCGACGAUCACUCGAAGGCUAGGGAUAGCGGCGGCGGACGCGCUGUCACGGGCGGCGGUGGACACCAUCGCAGUCACGAUAAUCACCACUCGGACAGAGCCGACGGCUAUGAUAAGCGGCGGCCGUCGGCUGGCAGUCGCCGAGGAGGAGGUCGUGGCGGUGGCCGCGGCUACGCAUCCAACGGGCCGUUUCAUCAGCGAUCGCGCAGUCAAGCGGACGCCAAACCCGUGGACUAUCCGACAGACAUCGCUUACUACGUGGACUUUACGCCUGUGGACGUGUCUGGGCUGACGGUGGGCGGCGCGCCGGCCGUAACCCCCUCUGUAGUGGGCGCUGCGGUGUCGGCCGCCGGCACACCCGGCUUCGUGGCGCCCUUCUUCACGCCCUUCCCCUCAGCCGCCUAUUUGGGUCUCGACUCGGAUCGGCUCCGGGAGUACGUGAGGCAACAGAUUGAGUACUACUUCAGCGACGAGAAUCUGCAGCGAGACUUCUUCCUGCGCCGGAAGAUGGACGCCAACGGCUUUUUGCCCAUCAGUUUGAUCUCGUCGUUCCAUAGGGUACAGGCGCUGACCCAAGACCCCCAAAUGGUGAUCGACUCGUUGAAGGCGUCGACGAUUGUCGAAGUGGUCGACGGCGUGAAGUUGAGGGCCAAAGUUGAUCCCGAAAAGUGGCCACUUUUGGAUAAUCUAAGCGCCGCCUCUGCCGGACUGCACGCCAACGUUCCCUCUUUCAUACCGGGCCAGCCCUAUGGCUACGGCUAUGGCGAAGUGUCGCCCCCGCCGUCCACUCAUCCAUACGGCAGCGCUGGCGAAGAGGCGGCCGCCGACGCCGAUAACGAGGCCGACAGCAAUGGUAACUCAAGCAACGGUGAUAAUGACAAUACUUCAGCGAAAGCGCGUGUCAGCGGAUCCAACACUAGUACAAGACAGUCAGCGGGAACUCAAUUGGCGGCACCGGCUGUGACGGUGAACACCACCAGCACUACUACUACUCCAACAGCACUACACACUGAUAGCAUAGGCGGCACCAGUACUCAGCCAAACGAUGCAGACGUUGUGAUAUCACAUGACAUAUCCGCUGAUGACGUUUUGGUAAACCAGAUGUCUGUUCAACAGAAGCACAACAACAACAGCAGCGAGAGCUCCGACAACAACAACGCCAUGAGCGCCAACAUUAGCCAUAACAAGAACUUAACCGCCGAUUGGCGUGAAGUGAAGUCCAAAAAAUUCAAGUCCCGAUCGCGACAGUCGUCCACUUCGGUCGGUGGCGGCACUCCCGGCGACGGCAGCGGUAAACACGGCUCGCGAUAUAUCGGCGACAUAUCCAGCGAAGAGUUGGCCUUCGCGUUCGACGAAGACAUUAACGCCGGCGACAUCUCUGGCCGCAGGAAUCAGUUCACCACCGCUUCCGACGCCGACGGUCUGGACAAUGAUUACGACUCGGACUACGAGAUCAGCGACACAGAAGUCGCCCGCAUUUUGGUUGUGACCCAAUCGAUACCCAGCGGUUCCCGCGCCGGCAAACACGAGGGCUACGACCGCACCGGCGACUGGACUACGCGCGUGAAACUCACUCAAGAGUUGGCCAAAGAGAUCAACGACGGCCUCUAUUACUACGAACAGGACCUGAUGUUUACCGACGCCGACGUUAAGCCGGAGCUUAAACCACAUAAAACGGUGGAACUGAUAUCGCAGGAGGCGUUCGAGAGGUUUGCCCCGAAUCGCGCCCAGAAGGUGAGGGGUGCGGCCGCUCAGCCCCCGCCGCCACCCCCUCCGCCCACUUACGAAGAGGAGUCGUUCCUCGAGAAGCACAUGGCCUCAGCGUCGCCAAAAGCCACGUCAGCGCCGGUGACGGCACCGGAGCCGCGAACGCCUAAAACGCCUCGCAAACGAUCGCCAGUAUCUGAUCCGCGUUUCUUCGCGGCGCCCGAACCGUCACACCAAACACCCGUACCGAAGGGUACGCCACGCAAACAGAAGACAAAGUACUCGUCCAAUCCGAUUGUCGAGCAACACGUGGGUUGGGUUAUCGACUCGCGGCACCAGUCGGCCGAUCAACUGUCGACAGACUCGGCUGGUGGUGGUCUUGGAGGUGGUGCUGGUGGUGCCGCCUCUGGCGACCAACUGUUGGUGGGUUCGGCGACCCAAUUGUCCACUAGUCUCGGGUCGACGCCCCAAUCACUGCCCGCCUUUGAACACCCGUCCCAUUCGUUGCUCAAGCAAAACGGUUUCACGCAAUUGGUGUACCAUAAGUACCGGUCCCGGUGUCUCAAAGACCGUAAACGAUUAGGUGUCGGUCAGAGCCAAGAGAUGAAUACACUGUUCAGGUUCUGGUCAUUCUUCCUGAGAGAGCACUUCAAUCGGCGGAUGUACGACGAGUUCCGGCGGACGGCUGUGGACGACGCCGGCGCCGGCUAUCGCUACGGUCUCGAGUGUCUCUUCCGGUUCUACUCAUACGGUCUCGAGAAACACUUCCGGCAGGACUUGUACGACGACUUCCAGACGGAGACCAUUCACGACAGUCAGUCAGGCGAAUUGUAUGGUUUGGAAAAGUUCUGGGCGUUCAGGAAGUACUUCAAGAACUCCAAGAGUCUGGAGAUCAACGACGUGUUGCGCAAGAAGUUAGACAAAUACAAGACUGUCGAUGAUUUUCGGAUAGAUGAUCAGUUGUCUUCGAGCGAUAAGUAA